UGCUGGAAGGCUGGUAUGAACCCGCGGCGACGUUCUGCAGCGAGGCAAGACUUGGUGCGCGUGCGCAAGUGAGCACCUACUAGACGUUCUUCAAAUUUGUCAAGUGGCGGAAAAAAAAAUCACGAAUUGAGCUUAUUGAAGGGACAUCACCACUCGAAGCUUCAGCAUGUUGGUGUCUGGAGGGAUUGCAGCCCGGGUGUACAAGGACAGGCUGAAGGCGGAAGGCAUGGGCUCCAACGACAAGGCACUGAAAUUUUUGAACCAGGACUACGACGCCCUGAAGCAGCAAUGUGUGGAGAGUGGCAUUCUUUUUGAAGAUCCCAUGUUCCCUGCUGCUGCGACGUCUUUGGGAUUUAAAGAGCUCGGGCCCCACUCGUCCAAAACUCGGGGAGUCACUUGGAAACGACCGACGGAACUUACUGAUAGUCCUCAGUUCAUUGUUGGUGGUGCUACAAGAACCGACAUCUGCCAAGGAGCACUGGGUGACUGCUGGCUCUUGGCUGCAAUCGCAUCUCUCACACUCAAUGAUAAGUUACUGCAUCGUGUAGUUCCCCAUGGGCAGACAUUUGAAGGAGACUAUGGUGGAAUAUUUCACUUUCAGUUCUGGCAAUUUGGAGAAUGGGUAGAUGUGGUUAUUGAUGACAGAUUGCCGGUAAAGGAUGGAGAGCUGGUGUUUGUCCACUCUGCAGAAGGGAAUGAGUUCUGGAGUGCCUUGGUAGAAAAGGCUUAUGCCAAGUUGAAUGGGUCUUAUGAGGCGCUUUCUGGAGGCAGUACAACUGAAGGUUUUGAGGAUUUUACAGGUGGUGUCUCAGAGAUGUAUGAAUUACGCCGUGCACCAAAAGAUCUUUUCAAAAUUAUUCAGAAAGCCCUGGAUAGGGGCUCUCUGAUGGGCUGCUCAAUUGAUAUCACUAGUGCCUUUGAUAUGGAGUCUGUGACAUUCAAAAAGCUGGUAAAAGGCCAUGCUUACUCAGUGACAGGAGUUAAAGAGGUAAACUAUCGUGGAGGUAUAGAGCGACUGAUUCGCAUCAGGAACCCAUGGGGUCAGGUGGAAUGGACUGGGGCUUGGAGUGACAGUGCUUCUGAAUGGAAUCAUGUUGAUCCUUCUGAAAGGGAAGAUCUCCAAUUAAAAAUGGAAGAUGGAGAAUUUUGGAUGGCUUUCAAAGAAUUUCUGACACAGUAUUCAAGGCUUGAGAUCUGUAACCUAACGCCUGAUGCUUUAACAGAAGACGCUCUUAGCUACUGGAACACAAUCAAAUUUGAUGGCGGCUGGAGGCGAGGCAGCACAGCAGGAGGCUGCAGAAAUAACCCCAACACGUUUUGGAUUAACCCUCAGUACAAAAUCACAUUGCUGGAGGAAGAUGAUGACCCUGAUGAUAAUGAACUUGCUUGUAGCUUUCUAGUUGCCUUGAUGCAAAAAGACAGGCGAAGGUAUAGACGCCAAGGACAGGAUAUGCACACCAUUGGAUUUGCUGUUUAUGAAGUUCCUGACGAGUACAAGGGUUGCCAGAAUGUCCACUUGAAGAAGGACUUCUUCCUGACACAUGGCUCUUGUGCUCGCUCAGAAACAUUCAUCAACUUAAGGGAGGUGAGCACGCGCUUGCGUCUGCCCCCAGGCGAGUACAUAAUUGUUCCAUCUACAUUUGAACCAAGCAAGGAAGCUGACUUCGUCCUGAGGGUGUUCACAGAGAAGCAGUCUGAGACAGAAGAACUAGAUGAACAGGUCACAGCUGAUCUAGAGGAUGAGGAGGAAAUGACAGAGGAUGAUGUUGAAGACUCCUUUAAAGCCAUGUUCCAGCAGUUAGCUGGAGAGGACAUGGAGAUCAGCGUGCAUGAACUUAGAACCAUUCUCAACAGAGUUGUGGGCCGACACAAGGAUUUAAAGACUGACGGCUUCAGCAUGGAGUCCUGCAGAAGUAUGGUCAACCUUAUGGAUAAAGAUGGCAGUGCUCGUUUGGGAUUGGUGGAAUUUCAGAUUCUUUGGAACAAGAUCAGAAAAUGGCUGGGUAUCUUCAGGCAGUAUGACUUGGACAAAUCAGGAACCAUGAGUUCUUAUGAAAUGCGUCUUGCUCUUGAAUCUGCAGGUUUCAAACUAAACAAUAAAAUAAACCAGGUUCUUGUUGCAAGGUAUGCAGAUAAGGACAUGAUUGAUUUUGACAAUUUUAUCAGCUGCAUAGUGAAACUGGAAGUCAUGUUUAGAUUUUUUAAGCACAUUGACACGGAUGGAACUGGCACUGCUGAAAUGACCUUAACAGAGUGGCUGAUGAUGACUAUGUGUGGUUAGAGAAGAAAAAGCAGAGAAGAAACGAACCGCCUGUCCACCCUGCAAGUGCCUCCCUGCUACGCCACGUCACUCCUGUACCUUGCUACUAACCCAAAGUAAUCUGCGUAACCUUUAAACUUGACAAACGGGACUUGAAGUUGGGGCCUUAUGUUUUCUACAGACAAUUCAGGGCGAAUGUGAUUGUUUUGCUGCCAGUAAAUUUGCCUUUCCUUGUAAUCCUCGGAUGUAUGAUACUUUUUCGACGCAUGGUGCUGCAGCAGGCCUCAUGUUUGACCACACAGAGCUAGCCACCUGUAAGCCAUAUUUUAAUGAGUCCCACACAACCUGUCCAGUCAGUUUGUAUUUUCAGACUAAAGACUCCCCUCCAUACACUGUAGAAGGUGCAGCAGUAAGUGGUAUCCCCCCAUAUUAGUCGUCAUGUAGCAUCCUUGAAUUUGAAAUCAAGUACCUCUUUUGCAUGUUGUAGCUGCCUGCACUUGAACCCAAACCAUAUGUAGCGAAACUGUAGUGAGGACCUGGGGUCCCAGUGCCGUACGGCCAUCCGCACUUGACCACACAUCACACUCGGGAGGACGAGCUGCCAGUGCAUUUGUGUGUGUGUAUAAAGACUAGGGCUGAAUUAUUCUGCAAAAAAAGUGGCAUUCGUUCAGUAGCAUUAGUAGAACACGUCAGUUACUUCAGGGAACUCCAGCGGGGAGAAUACUGAAAUGUCCAGUCCGGCACUUGAUUUUAUUUUAUUUUAUUUUAAACCCUCACAGUGUUUUCAGCCUCUUAGAGUUUUUAUUAUUUUGAAGAAGUUCACACUAAAUACAAAAAGGCAGUAUUUUUUUUCUUACUCAGAAAUAUGCAGAACAAGUAUUGCCAGCUGUAUUACGUCCAUAAAUUGUUGUCAUUAUCGUCAUUCUUUUGCCAGCAAUAAACGGGAGGCCUAACCCCAAAUAUG